AUGUCAGCUCAAGAACAGCCAGCUUUCGUUGUCCUUGACACUAAUCAAGGCACCAUAACAAUUGAACUUUAUUGGAAGCAUGCCCCAAAGACAUGUCUUAAUUUUGCUGAGUUAGCAAGGCGUGGUUACUACAAUAAUGUUGCUUUUCAUCGUGUUAUUCGAGAUUUCAUGAUACAAGGUGGCGACCCAACAGGUACUGGUCGAGGUGGAGCAUCAAUAUAUGGGUCUUACUUCGCGGAUGAAAUUCACCCUGACCUAAAACACACAGGUGCUGGAGUUGUUUCAAUGGCAAACGCCGGUCCAAAUACAAAUGGCAGUCAGUUUUUUAUAACUUUGGCUCCUACACAGUGGUUAGAUGGUAAACAUACUAUUUUUGGACGUGUUGCUUCCGGUAUGAAGGUUGUUCAACGCCUCGGUAUGGUCGAUGUUGAUCAAGCAGAAAGGCCUCGUGAGCUUAUCAAGAUAAUCCGUGCAAACACAACGAAUACUGUAUAA